UCCAUGUACAACGGCUAGCUUCAGCUAGCUAUGGUUUAAAAGCUUAUAUUGUUGCUUGUUACUAUUUUCUUUCAUCGAUCAAUGCGUUUUCGCGAAUUAAAAAAAAUGCAACAAUCCUGGAAACUAAACAUCCAAGCCCGAACCCAGAUCUUCAAUUUCAAAUUAAAAGCCACCAAAAUCUUACCUUCCGGCGAAUUCCAUCGAUUCUCGCUCCUCCUUAGGCUCCACAAAUUCAUCCUCAAGCUCCGGUUGAAAUCAGGGUCAACGGUUUCGAUUUCCUCUCAACAAAAACGAAGCUUCAAAUCCAGAUUUCUCAGUUUUCUCGAGAAAAUCCGUCUUCGCCGUGAGAGGAAAGGGCUAACGAUCCAACACCCAGAUGUUAAAUCGGUACUGAAUCGAGUGAAGCAGUUCGCUGACAAGAAAUCAAACUGGGCUGGUUCUUUGGUAAUUGCGAUUCUCAGUUUGCCGCAGCAAUCGAUUUCCAAGAAAGAUGGUAAAGGAAUUAUAAUUCAUACAUGCAUUAUUUUAUUGUCGUUGUAUUGGAUUUUGUAUUUAAACAGAGCAAAAAACAGAAGGUUUUGGAUGGUUGGAACAGCUGUUUCUUGGGUUGUCUUCAAUUUAGGCAAAGAUUAUGUUUCAGAACAUGCUUGGAAUUGGAUUCCAUGGAGCCAUGCCCAUAGAUAUACUGUUUUUUGGUUUUGGUUUGCAGCUUGUCGCCUGAUUUUGGCUCUUCUUAAUAUCUUCUUCUCGUAUAUUUUGAAACUCAAAGAGAAAUGAUGGUUUUUGA